UGACUGUCCACGGUUCAACGGGCAGGGCGAGGACAUUCGUCUUCCAGCGCUGGAGAUGGAUGAUGAUUAUGAUCCAUGACGAAUCCUUGUCGUUUCGAUUCACCCCGGUGGAUGAGAAGGAGCAUGUGGGCCUCUGGGAGGACAAUUGUGCCAUUGGUGGUGGUGGUGUGCUGGCUGGGAGUCUCGAGAGGUGUCGGUGCUGCAUCCGCUCAUAUCCAUACGCAUCAGCACAGCAAGAUUGGGGGGAGUGAGAGGACUCAGGAUGGAGCUUUCAGCCCCAGGGACAGUGACCACUACGUCGAUGGAGAGCAUCACGAGGAGUUCGAUCAUGAAGCCAUUCUUGGAAGUGUCAGAGAAGCUGAGGAAUUCCACCACUUACCCAUCGAGGAAUCAAAAAAGAGGCUCAAGAUACUUCUGGAGAAAAUGGACUUGAAUAAAGACGGUUUCAUCGAGAGGAAUGAGUUGAAGGCCUGGAUCCUGCGAUCAUUCAGUAUGCUGUCAUCAGAAGAAUCGAAAGAUCGUCUGGAAGACGCAGACGCCAACGAUGAUGGGAAAAUCAGCUGGGAGGAGAUCCUCCACGACACGUAUGGCUCAGACCCAGAGGAUCUAGCCAUCGACGAGAAACUCGUCAGUGACGACAAGGCAACUUUCGAAGCUGCUGACUUGGAUAAGGAUGGGCUGUUGGACCCUGAAGAGUUCAAGGCGUACACUCACCCCGAGGAGACCCCCAGGAUGUUCCCUCUGCUGCUGGAACAGUCACUAGCCGAGAAGGACACUGACAACGAUGGGUCCAUCAGUUUUCAGGAGUUCCUGGGCUCCAGGGCCAGGAACGAGGACAAGGAGUGGCUGCUGGUGGAAAAGGAGAAGUUCGAUCAUGAGCAUGAUAAGAACGGAGAUGGCAAACUUGAUUCCGGGGAGAUAUUGGCUUGGCUCGUCCCUAGCAAUGAGGAUUUGGCUACUGACGAAGUAGAUCAUUUAUUCGCCGCCUCUGACGAUGACCACGACAAUCGUCUCUCCUACGACGAAGUCCUGGAGCAUCACGACGUCUUCGUGGGGAGCGAAGCAACAGACUACGGGGAUUACCUUCAAGACAUCGAGCGUUUCACUGACGAACUUUGAAACUCAUUGAGAAAAUGGUUAAUCCAGAAAUUCACGAGUCGUCGACGCGUCAAUCGCAAUCGAAAAUGCCUCAAGGCAUUCCUCAUAUUCUUCGACGGCUGCCUCCUCUCCUUCAUUUAUAAUAUCAUUUUAUUCCUUUACGUCUGUAGGUAACCAACGCCAAAAGAAUUUUUUUCAAGAAUUUUCAAAGUCAAUUUGAACUGAUGAACCAAUACGAUGGUAUAAUUGUCACAAAUUACUGUCGAUUAUUUUAACGGUGAAGUUUGAAAUUUAGAAGUUUGGACACUUGUCAAUUUGCACUGUCUUCCACUCGAUGAUUUAGUAGUGACGAAGUGGCAAAAUAUAAUAGGAAGGGAAAAGCCGAUUUUUCACGUUUUGGUAAUUGGCGGAUUCGUUUGUUAAUGAGUGGAAUUAGGAGAAAAUGACAUUUUCCUUUAAUUCCACUAAUUCUCUUGAUAAUUAAACAAUUAACAAAACGUAAUCUUCGAACUUCAACAUUCUAUUUUUUUGCUAUUGAAUUGAAUUGUUUAAUUGUCUUAUUAACGAGCCGAUUUAGAAGAAAAUGCCAUAAAGCAUUUUUGUGUAGAAUUUCAUUAGCUAGAAAAAAUUUCUUUUGACAUUUUUCUCAAAAUCCACUCAUUCUCAAGAUAAUUAUACAAUUAACAAAACGUAAUCUUCGAGUUUUUACGUUUUAUUUUUUUGCCAUUGAAUAAAACUGUUCAAUUAUCUCAUCAACGAGUGAAUUCAUGAGAAAAUACCAUAAUAAUUUUUUUCUCUAGAAUUUUAUCAUCUACAAAAAAGACUUUAUGACAUUUUUCUGUAAAUCCACUCAUUCUCAAAUAAUUAAUACAACUAACAAAACGUAAUUGAGUUUUUACGUUUUUUUUUUUUUCUAUUGAAUAAAGCUGCUCAAUUAUUUAAUUAACGAGUAGAUU